UCAUUCACAACAAAAGUUAUUCGAGCGUUCCAAAACAACAGCUUCUGCAAACAUUGUCACGUUGGAGCAAACUGGCUCAGCUAGCUAAGCUGCUAAUUUCUACGUCCCCCUCUAGAGGAUAUGAGCAGUACUAAGACAUCAUGAGUUAUCUAGAGGAAUCUCCUUCCAAGCAGCGAAUUGACAGUGGGGAUGAUUUGCAGUCAGUCAUUAAGAGGUUGGAGGAAGUCCAUUUACAUACUCCAGGAAGCAAAGACCAAUCAUCGGAAAUUCCUGCUCGAAUUAGAGACAUAGUCACCAAAUCCAUAUCACCACUGGAUGCAGAUAAAGAUGAGGCUGCUAACUUAAUUGAGGAAAAUCAAAGUCUGAAAGUUGAGCUGUCACGUGUGGAGGACAGGCUGGCAUCUAUCCGUGCUGAUCGGCAGUUUCAUAGUUUGCCUGCAUACAGGAUGAGUGAUACAGUCAAGUCUCAAAGCAUGGAUCAGCUGUCUUUUAACUCGAAUAUUGCAUCCGAUUCGUAUGUUCAACAGAUCAGCUUGUUGAAACAAAAACUUGAUGAUGAGCAUACAAAUUACAAGCGAAAACUGCAAGCUUAUCAAGAUGGGCAACAACGGCAAGCACAGCUUAUUCAAAAGCUCCAGAGUAAAGUUCUUCAAUACAAACGCCGAAAUGGAGAGCAGGAGACUGUAAUAAAUGAGAAAGACGUGGAAAUUGAGAAAUUAAAAUCUCAGCUACGAAAUGCAGAUAUUGCACUUAAAGAAUAUGAGGGGAGAAUUAAAGAGUCAGAAGAUGAACAAAAUAAUGACCUAGAAAGUUCUUUGAUUCGUUUGGAAGAGGAACAGCAGAGAAACAGCAGUUUGCAACAUGUCAACAACAUGCUUCGAGAACAAUUGGAACAAGCUACUGCUGCGAAUAAUUCAUUGACACUUGAAAUCCAGAAAGUCACAUCUGAUUGGUCUAAAGCUUGUGAAGAAUUAGAACACAGGGAAUCUGAAGAGGAAAAAUAUUUUAGCGAAGAACAUGAAAAGUUGAUGGCACUGUGGAGUGCCAUCAAUAGCUUCCGAAAAAAUUUUAACGACAUGAAAAUUGAAACACAAAAAGAUCUUUCACAAGUAAAAGCGGAAGUUAGUCGUUCAGCGAGAACCAUACAAAGUGCAGCUAUGUCUGUUGAAAAGGCUCAACGAGGUUCCUUGAUUAACCAAACUACAUUGGAUGAUGAACAAACGAGAAGAGAAAAGGCUGAAGCUCUACUGCGUGAAAAAAUUCAAGAAAAUAUUGAACUGAAAUCAAUUUGUGAUAAGUACAAGGAUCAAAUUAGUUCAAGACUAAAUGAAAAUUCCACUCAUGUCAAAGAAUUAGAGUCUGAACUUCAAGACAAAAACUCUGAAAUUGAAACUCUAAGAAAGAACCUGCAGAACAUGGGUGCUGAAUUGGUAGAGCAAUCAGACAAGUGGGAAAAUGACAGCCAAGCCAGCAUUGUAGCUAUUCGAGAAGAAGCAGACAUACUUCAAAACACACUUCAAGAAUUGGCUAACUGUAUUAUUGAUGACACUGAAAACACUGCUCGAAUGUUGAACACAACCUUUGGUUCCAAACUGGAUCGAAGCAACAUGGAUGACGAAGAAAGUGAUAAUGAACUGAGCUUUUCUUCCCCCACAAGAUCACGUAAAAGCAGACAGUCCACCUCCCCGUCAAGAAUGGCUCGAAUGAGAUCCAUGUCCCCUGUUAGGGCACGGUCUCCAGCUGUUGCUGAUUCAGCGAUAUCUGCAGCUCAGUCUGCAUUAAAGAAGAGACAACUUCAACUUCAGGAAUUAAAAAAUAAUUAUGACAAUGUUUGCAAUGAUAAUCAAACUCUGAAGGGACAGCUUCAAGCUGCUAAUCAACAAGUGAAACAAUUGCAAGAUAGUAUCAACAAAUUGCAGGAUGAUCACUCAAGCAUUAAGUCGAAUAUGCAUGGUGUAAAUCAAGACUGCAUGAAAUACAAACAACAGAUUGAAUUGCUUCAAAAUGAAAAACUGAAUCUAGAAAAAGGCCGUUCGUCGUUGCUGACUCAAGUGGAAGACAAGUAUUCUGAAGUCGAGAAAGUGAAGAACUCCAAUGUUGGACUGCAAAGACAAGUUGAGAAUCUAGAGGAUGAAAAGGAAAACAUACUGCACGAAAAAGAGAGGAUUUCAAAAGACCUGCAAAGGUCAAAGGCAUUGAUGGAGCAGUUAGAACAAAAGCAUUCAAUGUUGAAAGAAGAACUUGUGGAUGUAAAAGAGAAACUUAACCGCUCGCAGCUUACAAAGGAUGUGCUGGAACAAGAGAAGUUGCAUCUAACUGAGAUUCUUAGCAAAACUGAAAUCCAAAGAGAAGACAUAGAAGCAGAAGUUUCAAGAUGUAAAAAUGAUGAAGUACAAUUAAAAGAUGCUUUGGUGAAAUUGCAAAGUUUGAACGAGGCGUUGGGACAAGACAAGAUGGAUUUAAACAAAAUAAUUCGACAGAUUGAAAUUGAAAGAGACACUUUACUUUCUGAUAAGCAAGAACUUGAGAUGGAGAAGUCAAGCAUGAAAGAGGAGCUCUUACGUACUGAAAAAGAACGUAUUGAAAUUGAAUCAGAAAAAGCAAGCCUUGAUCAAACACUGAACCAAACAGAAUCGAGCAAAGGAAAACUCGAAGAGCAAAUGCAAGAGAUUAUUCGAAGCAAAACCGAGCUCAACGAUUCUCUAAAUUCUGUUGCACGCGAAAAGGAUUUCAUUCAAAACGAUUUGAACCAAGCCAAGCAAGAAAAAGAACGCCAAGCUGCUAACAUUCUUCGCUUAUCCAAGGAAAAGGAAGAGCUGACAAGAGAAAAAGCUCAUCUUAUUGUACAGUUAAAUGGGAGUGAGCGAGACAACAGGUUGUUGUCAGAAGCUAAUAUAUCCAUGAAAUCAGAGAAAGACUCUUUAGAGACUUCCCUGUACGAACUACAACAGUUGGUUGCCAAAUUGGAAACUCGUAAGCAGCAAUUGGAGGCAGAGAAUCACGAACUUGUCUUGAAUAAAGAAGCCAUGACUGUUGAUCUUGCCCGUCUGAAGAAAGAAUACGAAAUUGAUGCUAUGAAGUUGUCCAAGCAAAUCGAAUUGCUGGAGCAACAGAAUGCUCAGUGCAUCAGAGAUCACGAAGUUGCAAUAAACAGAGUGAAGCAAGAACACGAAGAGGAGAUGCAGGGAAUUUCACAGGAGAAAGAGCAGUGCAUAUUACAAGCUGGUCAGGAUAACUGUGCAGCUAUAAACGAAUUGCGUGCUGAAAUGGAGAACUUUCAAUCUAAGGCUGAACGUGAGAAGACUAACUUAAUUAACGAAGUAGCUUGUGUGCAAAAAGAACGCGAUGAUCUGUUGAUGGAAGCAGAGAGCGAUAAGCAAGAGGAGCUUCGGAUUGCAGCUAGUGAAAAAGGUUUGCUCAUGGAGAAGUUAAAUCGCCUUGCGGAGGAGUUGGAUUACGCUAAAAUUGAGCUUGAAAAGUUUAAACGUGAAGCAACACAGAGAGCUUCUCAAGAAAAGGACUUGUUGAAUAACAGCCAGAUGGAAUUGAAGUCAGUAAAAGAUCAGUUGAAUGAAACGAUAUCACAAUACGAAAGCAAAAUAAAUGAACUCACAAGUGCUGUUGAAGACUUGACCAGAAACAAAGACUUGUUGUCAAAGGAACUGUCGGAUUUGAAACUGCAGUACAAAAUGUUGGAAGAGAGUCGUGAAGCUGUUCAACGAGAAUACAAGAAAGCUCAACGACAAUGUCAUGAUGUCACUGAGAUGUUUGAAUCGUCCCAGAAGGAUGUGUCUGAAUACAAACGUUGGCUGAAGGACUCUGAAACAGAGAAAGAAAUCACAUUGAACAGCGUGAACGAGCUGCAUGAAGUCGUGAAAGCAACGGAAGGAGAGAAGAUAACCUACAAGCAGAAGUUAGACGAAGCCAAUAAAAUGAUGGCGCAAUUAGAAGAAUCAAAUCUUGCCCAAAUGAAAGAAGCAGACGAGCUGCGCUCCAACAUUCGCGAGUUGGAAGCGUCGAGACAAGAAGCACGACGUGAAAUACAACAACUUCAUAAUCAGGUUCGACUCCUUGACAAUGAUUGCUUAAAAUAUAAAAAAGAAAUGAGCUUGUUAAAAGAUCAACUUGAAAAGAACGAGAGAUUACUAGAAGAAGAACGGCAGGAUGUUUCACGCACCAAACAGAAGUUGGCAGAAUCUGAAUCGAUUCGUGACGCUGCAAAACGUGAAGCAAGCCAGCUAAGUAAUAAAAUGGCCGAUUACAAUGAAAAUGCUCGAGUGAAAGAGAAAGAUUUGCAAAUAGCUGUUGACGAUGCAAAAAGAAACGAAAUGAAAGCUGCAGAGAAAGUAAAGAAUCUGGAAAACCUGUUGGAUAAUUUGAACCAAGAGAAAUCUGAUUUAAACCUACGAUUAUCCAGCGCCGAAGGUAGAAACGCAGGGCUAGAAAACCAACUAUCGAAACUUGAAUCGAGUAAAAAUGAGAUUGAGUUUAAACUGUCGAGUUUACAUUCAACUCUUCGACGCACGUUAGGAAUCCGCUCCAGCCAAUCACCGAGUAAGACCAGAUCUCCUUCGCCGACACGGACGAGCAGUCCGAAACGUCGAACACUUUUCGGUAGGAAUAGAACUCCCGCUUCUUUCCAAGAAGAGAUUGAUCAAGAAGAAGAAAGUCCAACCAAAGAUAUGUCAGAUUCAUCUCGAUUCGACAUUACAAGCGACAUUGAUCCAGAAUUUAUUAAAACCUCUUUACGCGAUUUCGCUCAAAAGUUGAAAGAUUUAGAACGUGAAAGGGAUGAAGCGAUCGCACAAUGCGGUGGGCUUGAAAGACAACUCGUGGAUUUAGAAAACGAUCGAAAUGAAUGUGAGCAGAGAGUGCAAACGUUGCAGAAGAACUUACAAGAUACAGAAGAAGGCAAACGAGGGGCUGAUGGCAGGCUAAGUAGUGCACAAACAGCGUUGAUGCUACAAGAAGAGACGAUACGACGUUUGGAGCGAGAACGGAAAGUGUUAAAUGAAAAACUUCAAGCUCUUGAAACAAACCUAGCUCAAAGUGAAUCAGAUAGAAGAGCGUUGAAAGAGAAACACGCCAAACUUGUCAAGAAUGAAACGCGAUCUGAACAAGAACGUGAAGCAAUGAGGGCUCAGAUUGACAAUGCAGAGUCAAGAAUUACGAGAAUUGACUUGAAGAAAAAAUCACUCGAAGGUGACAUUGAGCGCUUGCGUAUGCAGCACCAAGAUUCCGAGACUGAAAGACAUACCCUUAAACAACGUGUCGAACAACUGAGUCGCCUACAACAAGAAUCAGAACAAAAUAAUACAACUCUUCAACUGACUAUUGAUCGUUUAAAUACAGCAUUGUCGAAGAGCAGUGACCAGGAGAAACUGUUCAAACAAAAAGUCACUGAACUAUCAAUGUCUCUCAACGAAACAAACUCCUCCACACAGUCGCUUCAAGAUAAGCUUCAGCAAGUGCAACGUGCUCUUGUGAACAGUGAGCAGGAGAGACAUCUUUUACAUGAAAAGCACGAACAGUUUAAAUUGCAACAACUAGAAGCAAAAAGAACGAUCGAAUCGCUGAAUGAAAAAAUACAAAUGUUGAAGCAUAAUAUUGCAGAUGCUGAGAGCAAGAGGUUAGAUUUGGAAAGUGAAUUACGUCAAACGCAACAGCUAAUGCAUAAAAGACAAACUACAGAAGAAGAUCUGGGUACUAAAUUGGUUAAACUGCAGGAAGAAAAACGCAGUCUUCAAGACCGCCUUGCUCAGCAGCAACGCGUUUUGUCACAAGCUGAACAAGAAAAGAGGGAAAUGGAGAGAAAUAGCUUAAGGGUGGAGAAGGAUAGGAAGGCUUUGAAACAAGCCAUGGAACGUGCUGAACGAGACAAGCAGAUGGUUGAAGAAGAACUGAAUCGCACCAGGGGUGAGAAGUCCGACCUCGAUCGCUCACUUUCGAAUCAUGAUCAAGAAGUAAACGAACUUAGCAUGCAACUUUCACAACUACAACAAGCGUACGAGGAUAAAGAACAGCAUUACUCCAAAAAGGUAACCGACUUGCAAACUCGACAUCGUGAAGAAUUAGAUCGCGAAAAUGAACGCAACAAAAACGCACAACAACACUUAGAGCGGACGCAUGCUGCACGCGAACGGGCGCACAAGCAACGCACACGAGGGCUGGAGGAGCAAAUCAACACGCUAAAAGAUCAGCUGAACAAAGAAAUGCAACAAAAGCAAUCCUUCAUCAAUAGAACGACCCUCAAGAACGAUGAAAUGCGAGAUAUUCGUCACAAAUUGGCGUCGUCGUUAACAGAAGUGUCAAAAAAUGCCGACUUAAACGUGCUGGAACGCGAAUCUCGCAAGCUAGACGAGACAGCUGAUUCGCAUCACAGCUUCAGUGGACGCUCUUCAUUCACCAGUUCAACUCCUUUUCAAAGAAGAGCGAAAUCAUCCUCUCCUCUUGCUAGAAUGUCACCCGACAGAUAUAACAACAACUACGUUUUGCCGCCGUCAAGUGACGCUGGUUUCACAACAGCAACACAUCACGCCACACCUAUCACGUCGGACAAAAAGUCAAGCUAUGUGUCGCCGUUACGCAAGACAAGAAAACCGUUGCAUUCGUGAGAGUGCGUGCAAAAAAAUAACCUAGAUCAUAACAAACCUGAAGACUGUUAAACUAAACGGUGCUGCUAACUUAUAUUCACAAAAAACUAGAUUUAUUUUAUUUCUUGACUUUUUAAAUAGCUUCGAUUUUUAUCAUGUUAAUUUAUCUAGAAGUAUUUUAUAUGUAGUAUAGUUAGAUAGCAUAGACAUUUUAAAUGUAUCGACAUCUUUUAUUUUGUGUGCACGUUUAAGUAAGUAUAGCAACUUCGAACCCAGUUUUUUUUUUUCAAUCUUGUAGAUUGUGAGAUAAAGAUGGUAGCUACGUUUCUACUUACGUUGAUUUUUUAAUUAUGUCAAUAUAUGUGUAAUAUGUAAUUAUAGGCGAGAUUUUUAUUUACUUUUUAGUACUGUCAUGGAAAUAUUUAUUUUACUUUUUUAAUCAAUUUCCCAAAUUUUGUCCUAGAUCGCGCAGUUUAUAAUUUACUGUGUUAGGACCAAGGUUUACGAACUUUUAAUGUUAGCAUUUUGUUCUGAUUUGCAUAUAGUUAAGCUAACAAGAAAAAAGUUAAUGAAAUCCACUAACCGAUCAUGGUGAAUCGAGGCAGAAAGAUACUCGCUAAACCCUGAUUCGUUUUUUAGGUUUUUCACCAGAGACUUGGACCUUGAUGACGUAAAGUGGUAGCGCUAGGUUUUAUUUAAACCUCCUAAACCACCAACAUAUUAGAGAUUUGGGAACAAUGUUGUUUAUAGAGCGCCCAAUUAUUCUUCUUCUCUUUUUUAAUUUUUAUUCUCUGGAUCAAUAUAUAGUAAAUUGUUUAGGGGUUCAGGUUACGGUGGAGGUGUUUUUAACUAACUUUGUACAUAUCUUAAAUAAUUGUCAUUUUUUUAAAGUGUUUUAAAGGUGCAAGAAUGUGAUUAUUGGAGAAAAUAAUUUGUAAUCUCAAUGUGAAAUAAAGAAACGGUUAAGUUG